AAAUGUCUUUAGAUUUGGACAAGAUCUUCGAACGGGGCCGACAAGAUAAACCAAUGUUAAACGAGCUUGUCUCACACGGUACCCGUCUUGGUUCCCAUGAAAACAUAUAAAACGUCCAACAAAAUCAAAAUGAAGAAAACACAUUAACUUACAUCUUCAACUCAUUAACAUCAAAAUGGCUAAUGAGAGUAAUCUUGCACAUGAAAUCACCGAGCUACGGCUAGGUCUUCCAGGAGAUAUCAUCGUCACAGGGAAGAAGAGGGUUUCUUCGGAAGUAGAGAGUGAGUUGAAAUGUGAACCGGCGACAAAGAGUCAAGUAGUGGGAUGGCCGCCGGUUUGUUCGUUCAGGAGAAAGAACAGCCUCGAAGAGACAAGGACUGCGUACGUGAAAGUGAGUGUAGACGGAGCUGCGUUUCUGAGGAAGAUCGAUUUGAAAAUGUAUAAACGUUACCAAGAUCUCGCUUCCGCUCUACAAAUUCUAUUCGGAUGCUUCAUCACCUUUGAUGAUACAUUGAAGGAAAGCGAAUGCGUUCCAAUAUAUGAGGAUAGAGAUGGAGAUUGGAUGCUUGCUGGUGAUGUUCCUUGGGAAAUGUUUGUUGCAUCAUGCAAGAGGUUAAGGGUUAUGAAGAGAUCAGUAAUGAAAUGAUUGUGCGUGAGAAUUAGGGAUAUCGAAAUAUACAUAUUUUCAUAGAUUAAAAGAAUAAAGCUCGUUGAAUAAUUCAUUUUCAUCACAUAGACAAAUUGUAUUCUUUUAUACAUGUGGUUCCCAUGCCUGACAGAUAACAAGGCAAUAUCAAUAAUUAAUAAACAAAUAAUAUAAAUAUAUACAAUUUAAUGGUAUAAAUAUUUUAAGGACUUUAUAUCGAAAAAUAAAAUAACUUCCGAAACUGUCAACAUCGCCUCAAAAUGGGGGAACAUGUACAUUCUCGUUACAAUUAAAUAACCUCUUGUUACCAAUAAUAUGAAACCGGGUUUGGAAGAACCAAACAACAGAUCAAACUAAACCAAAGCUAAACCGAAUUCUAAUCAGGUAUUAGAUGAGUGGGAAGUGGGAACUGUUUUAUAAACAAAAAGAG